AACCAUCCGUAGAGAAGCUUCAGCAUCACUGCACCUAUCGGUUUUUCUGUAAUCACUUUAAAUAGCUUUGAACUGGUUAAAAAAACGCCUUUAAGCUUUUUGUGUUUCUGUUUUCAGAAAGUGGGAAAGUGCUUGCCAGAUUGAAGCAGAUGGAUGCAAUUUUGAACUGCAGACUGGAGGACAUGGAAGAUUUUUACAGCUUGCUAGGCUGUGAUGAAUUGUCUACAGUUGAACAAAUUAUUUCAGAAUUUAAGGUUCGAGCCCUCGCAUGUCAUCCUGACAAGCAUCCUGGAAACCCUCAAGCUGUGGAGAAUUUUCAGAAGCUACAGCAAGCCAAAGAAAUCCUCACCAAUGAAGAGAGCCGAUCUCGCUAUGAUUACUGGCGGAGAAGCAAUAUUACCAUCCCGUUCCAGCAGUGGGAGGCUCUGAGCAACUCAGUCAAAACAUCAAUGCACUGGGCUGUCAGAGGUAAAAAAGAGCCAAUGCUGGAAGCUCCCGUUUUAAAUCUUAAUGAUAAGAUGGCUGACAAUUUCCCCCAGAAAUCUGAAAACAACAAUCAUGAGCAGCUGGAUGACCAAAGGGGGCUAGAAGACUUUGACCCCACUGCUGGGAAGCUGCUGUCACCAAAGAGCCCUGAUUCCCCAGGAUUUUCCGAUCCAAACCGUUGGCAUUUGCGCUUUCGUUGGUCUGGUGACACUCCAUCUGAACUCUUGCGGAAGUUUAGAAACUAUGAAAUAUGAAGCAGAAGACCAAAUACCAUGCAGAAGACCAACUAUAUGUUGAACACUGUGUUCACCAUUUCAGUAUUUUGCAUAUGUUCAUAAAGGAGUGUCUUUGAAUAUUAUUUAACUAGGUAUGGUAGUUUUGUACGAUUGAUGCCACAAUUUCCCAUGCAAAAUACCAUGUAUAGUUUGCUUGUUUUUUUUUUUAAUGUUGGCAGGUAUUUUCAUGUUAUUCAUUAUUAGCAGAAGUAAUAUGUGAAUACAGUUAACCGCUUUUUCCAACGUUCAUACUUAAUGUAUACGUGAGCUGUUUCCUAUCAUUAUUGAACAGUUGGGAAAAGCACAUGUUACUCAACAUCCUUGAUCCCUUAUAUCUUUAUGCCCUUGUUUCCUGCUAUAUUCCUUCAAACAGCCUUUAGCCCUUUAACUCUACCAUACUCAUCCAACCAAAGGUAUCCUAUAUUCUUCUUAUUUUCUCUUGCCACCAGCCACUGAUAACUGGUUCUCUCUCUUUCCAUAUUAACUUUCUCAUGCUACCACUCAGUAUCAUUUCAAAACCUACCUUUCCUGGGAAACUUUUGAUAUAACCCUUUGAGUCUUUAUCCCCCACAUAAAAAAACAGCAUCUACUUAUAUUUAGUUCUUGUUGUCCUAUCCCCUGAGGGACAAACUACAUGUUAAUUUGGAUAACCUAACAUAGAAUAAUAGAAUUGUAGAGUUGCAAGGGAGUCAAGGGUCAUCUAGUCCAACCCCCUGCAGUGCAAGAAUCU